AUGUCGGAAGCUGGUCUGGAGAAAGCUCCCCAUCCCUCAACCCAGCUGAGCCCCACUGCAUCACUUGAGGGGCUUCCUGCUGAAGAGGAGAUACCAGAGACUCAAAGGGAGGAAACCAGGAUUCAGGGAAUAGCAGGCCUUGCUGCUACUUGUUGUGUGUGUCUGGAGACAGAGCGACUGACGGGUUGCCUUAAUUCCGAAAAGAUCUGCAUUGUCCCAAUCUUGGCUUGCCUGAUCAGCCUCUGUCUCUGCAUUGCUGGCCUCAAGUGGGUGUUCGUGGACAAGAUUUUUGAGUACGAUUCUCCUUCCCAUCUUGAUCCUGGUAGGACUCGGCAAGAUCCGAUUACCUCCGUGGACCCUACUGCACUGUCCGCUUGGUUGCCGUCUGCAGCACAAACCUCAUACUUCUCCAUUCUCACCAGUGAAGCUGCACGGGAGGUUGUGGAGCAACCCAGUGGCCCUCUGGUAGUUAUCUCCGAGGUGGCUUCUAAGCCAUCUCCAUAUAACACUGUCCCAAAUGAUUAUUUCUUAACCUCUUUGGUGCCCUCCUUACCUCUGCCUAGCCUAAAACCUGAAGUGAAAAGACCCACCACUGCAACACUGGUACAACAAUUUGAAACUAAUAUCCAAACAACUCCACCAAAAUUAG